GGCUGCGUCACGUGGUACAACUUUCCAAACCUGUGUGUGUUUCCCGAAAAAAAGUGCAGAGAAACAAAAACCCCUUUGAUAGCGGAAAAGGCCUUUGAAUUCACAUUUAUCCAAUGAAGUUUUGCACACUGAACUCGAGGCCAAUGUAAACUAUGCUUAAGGAAGAACGUAACAUGGAGAUUGUUGUUUUCCUUAUUUCAUGCUGUUGACUCAGAGGAUAAUCGCAUUCUUCAUUCGGCAUUGUGCCUGAAACAUGCCCCACUACAACGACGUUCCCACAGGAUCGCUUCCGAGUCUUCUCGGCUUGGACGAUCACAGGGCGUCUGAGUCUUUACGGUCCGAACCUUUUCCACCACCUCCCCUACCGGACCAACCACCAAUAGGCCCAAUUGAUCUCAGUGGAAGCGACAACGAGGACUCUGCCAUCGACAUCAAACCCGUCCACCGCUUCAUCCCAGACUCAUGGAAGAACUUCUUCAGGUCCAGCAGCAGAAGCAGCAAGUUGAAGUCAAUGUUGGGGUCGAGCAGCAAGAACGCCACCACUGACGGUGUUCGCUGUUCUCCUCCGCACUCUCCGUCAGUUCCCGGCUCUUACCGCGACCCGUACGGCGGAUCCGGAGGCAGUUAUAACUCACGUAAAGAGCGUGAAGCAAUGCUGCUGGGCAACCCUGUGGAAUCCAUUGACGGUCGUACGGUGCACACAGCUUUGACGUACAGUGAAAAAGUCGAGGAAUACAACCAGCGCUACGACUACAUGAAGUCUUGGGCUGGACUUUUACGUAUUCUUGGUUGCGUUGAGCUGCUUCUGGGGGCAGCCAUUUUUGCAUGCGUAUGUGCUUACAUUCAUAAAGACAAUGAGUGGUAUAACAUGUUCGGAUACUCGCAACCUGGUGGAGCUUACGGGGGAUCCUACGGAGGCUCUUAUGGAGGAUCUUACGGAGGCGGUUACGGCGGUGCCUACUACACUGGACCCAAGACGCCAUUCAUACUAGUGGUGGCGGGAUUGGCAUGGAUAGUGACCGUUAUCAUGCUAGUCUUGGGAAUGACCAUGUAUUAUCGAACUAUCCUUUUAGACUCAAAUUGGUGGCCGUUGACGGAGUUCUUCAUAAACUUGGCUCUUGCGCUGCUGUUUUUGGCGGCUGGCUGCGUGUACGUGAAUGACACCCUACGAGGUGGACUCUGCAGCUAUCAGGUCUUCAAUAAUGGCAUUAAUGGUGCUUUCUGUCGCACGGAGGCUGGACAGACGGCGGCUAUCAUUUUCCUGUUCUUCAUCAUGAUUGUGUACUUGAUCGGAGCCAUGGUGUGUCUGAAACUGUGGCGGCACGAGGCAGCUCGAAGACAACGAGAACGGCAUGGGCAGGAGAUGCUGCCAAGAGAUUCUCCUGAUGCUGUGCGUUUGGUUGUUGAUGGAUCAAGGGAGCCAAUGUCUGUGUCAGCGCCGGUACAGCACACACACACUGCCGCCCCUGGCGUCUCCAAGCCCAAAGUUAUGAAAGGGCAUAUUCCAGCCGGACACACUCCUAAACCUGUGAUCAUGCCAGACUACAUUGCUAAAUAUCCAGCCAUUCGAACCGAUGAGCAGCGAGACCAAUAUAAAGCCGUGUUUAAUGACCAAUAUUCUGAGUAUAAAGAGCUCCAUGCUGAAGUUCAAGUGAUAUUGAAGAAGUUCGAUGAAAUGGAUGUUAUGAUGCAGAAUUUACCGCAAAACCCCACCAACCACAUGGAGCGUGACCGCAUCAACAAAAUCCUGCAGGAAUAUCAGAGAAAGAAGAUGGAUCCCUCAUUUCUAGAGAAGAAGGAGAGAUGUGAGUAUCUGAAGAACAAACUGUCCCAUAUCAAGCAGAGGAUUCACGAGUACGACAAGGUCAUGGGCUGGAACGACGGUUACGGCUGAAGCGGCUCAAACCUGCUGUCAUGGUCCUUCAUUUUCCACUGAACAUGUGCCCACUGCGUCUGCAGAGCCUCGCUGGUCUGGAUGGUCGUUUAUAUUAAAAAAUAAUGAAAUUAGAGAUGGAUAACUUGCAUGCUCUUAAUGUACGCUUUAAACACUGACUGAAAAUACUUUCUUUUCACGUUGUAUUUCAUAAUGCUGAAAAAGUGCAUGAUGUUUAAAGAAAUGUUUCAUAUUUUGUAUCUAUGCAGAAAUGCUGUUUUUAUCCGUUCAUUUGAAUGAUUUUAUGCACUGUACUAUUUUUUUUUUGUGCUACUGUUUUAAACUGUGUUUCGAUCUGUAUAACAACAGCCUGUCGCCCUGUCCUCAUAUUUUCUGUGUUGCAAAUGCAUUUUGAUGAGUUGAAUCUGUGAUUUAUACUGUAAAGCAUGAAAAGUCAAAGCAUUUCAUACAGAUUUGUUGUAAUUUAGUUUAUCUUUGAAUAAAAAAAGUCCAGCCGGGAGGCAAUUUAGACA